AUGAAUUAUUUAAAUGACCCAUAUAUGACAAACAACGACCAUGCGAUAAAUAGAAAUAAUUGUAACUCACACGAAGAAGAAGAAAAUAAUAUAUAUGUUGACAAACAAAAUAUUUGUGCUUCAAAAUGUGUUGCUCAAAAUAAUAAUAUAACAUCAAGAAAAAGAUACAUAAAUUAUAAUAAUAUAAGUGGAGCUUAUAAUAAUGCACAUAACAAUUUUUAUAAUCAAUAUAAAAAAAAACCAAAAAAAAAUUAUAAUAAUAAAAAAUUUUUUUGUGAAAACCAACAAAAUGGUUUAUAUCAUAUAGAUGUAGUAAAUAAUAUAAACUUUUCUAAUAAUAAAUAUGUUAUGAAUAAAAUAAAGAAACCAUUUGAAAGAAAUAAAGAAAAGAAAAGUUCUUCAUAUGGAUUAUAUAAACAUGUAAAUGACUCUACUACAUAUAUAUUAGACAAUAAAAUAUAUGAACAUAAUAAUUCAUAUUUAAAAAAUGAUAUUCUUCCAGAUUAUGAACAAAAUAAAAAUGAUACAAAUUAUAGAAAUAAAGAAUAUAUAAGGGAUUGUCAAUAUAUCUGUAGUAAUAAUGAGUUAUCACAGAAUUUUCAUAAAAAUCAUUCUUCCUUAUUAUCAUGUGAAGACAUAGUUAUAAAGAAGAGUGUGAAAAAAGGUUCAUAUAAUACUAAUGAGAAUAAUGAUGGUAUUGAUUGUUUUGAAAAUGGAAUAAAUGAGAGAUAUAAUAAUUUAGAUAUCAAUUAUAGAGAACAAAAUGAAGAGAAUAAUGAUGAAAUUAUUGAAAGGGAAGAAUAUUUAAAAAAGCAAAAUAUAAGAAAAUAUAAUGAUGAAGAAGUAAAUAAGAAAAAAAGAAAUAUAAAUAUAUUAUCAAAAAAUGAAAUUUUAAAAGAUGCUAUAGAAUAUUUUCAAAAUUGUUCAUCAAGAAAUAAUGAUAAUAAUAUAUAUUGUGAUAGUUCAAAUGAAGAAGAGAUUAAUAUAAAAAAUAUAUAUUAUAAAGAAAAUAUUUGUUUUGUAUGUAAAGAAAAAGAAUAUAUUUAUAAAUGCCCAUAUUGUGAAAUUCCUACUUGUUCUUUAGAAUGUUCAAAAAAUCAUAAAAAAAUUUUUAAAUGUAUUCAAAAAUUGAAAAAGAAUUUAAAAAUAAAAAAUAUUAGUAAAGAUAAUUUUGAUGAAUCUAUAUUAUAUAAAGAUUUUCUUUAUUUACAAAAUAUAGAAACUAUAAUACAAGGAAAUUAUAAAUAUAUUAAAAUUAAAGAUUAUGAAACUACAAAAAUAUGGUUAUUACAUAAUAAAAAAUUAAAUAAAUUAUUAAAAAAAAGAAAAAUCAUUUUAUUAAAAGCACCCAUAUUUACAAAGAUACAUAAUGAAAAUAAAACAUUCAUAUCUAAUCAUAUUAUUUUCUGGUCUAUCAAAAUUACUUUUAUAAAUAUUAAUAUUAAAAUUUUAUAUCAUGAAAUUAAUGAAAAUCUAACCUUUUUACAACUUAUUCAAUUUCUAUGCUCUAAAAUUGAUAAACUACAAACAAAAAUUUUUAUAUACCUUCAAAAUGUUAAAUCAAUAUAUAUAUCACUCAAAAAUGAACAAACAAAUAAUAAUAAUAAUAAGUGUGAUGUGAAUAAAUAUUGCUCGGUUCAACAAGUUCUCAGGAAGUCACUGUGUGGAAAGACCUUUUAUGAAUACCCUCAUUUUUAUAUGGAACUUUUUUAUGAACAUGAUAAACCUAUUACAAAUCCAUUGUAUGACCUUGAGCAAAAAAAAGAGCAGGACAACCAACAUACUUAUAAACAGCAUGAACAUAAAUGUAAGCCGACUGAUAAGGAAGAUAAUACAAUUGACAUGGACGAAGGUGAUAAUGAUAAUGAUGGAGGUGAUAAUAAUAAUGAUAAUGAUGGAGGUGAUAAUAAUAAUGAUAAUGAUGGAGGUGAUAAUAAUAAUGAUAAUGAUGAAGGUGAUAAUGAUAAUGAUGGAUGUGAUAAUGAUAAUGAUGGAUGUGAUAAUGAUAAUGAUGGAUGUGAUGAUUAUAAUGAUGAAGAUGACGAUUAUAAUGAUGAAGGUGACGAUUAUAAUGAUGAAGGUGAUAAUGAUAAUGAUCUAGGUGAAGAUGAUAUGAAUAAUAAUGAUUAUAACAAUAUGUAA